AUGACGGGCGAAUCGACGAAACAUGAAUUAACUACUGAGGAAAUUAGGUUACAGGAGAAUAAGAAGAGAACUAAAUAUUGGAAGCAUUGGGGACCAUAUUUGGGAGAAAGACAAUGGGCAACUGUCAGAGAGGAUUACUCUCACGAUGGUGAUGCUUGGUCAGACUUUCCUUUCGAACAUUCCAGAUCUAGAACUUAUCGUUGGGGUGAAGACGGGUUGGCUGGGGUUGCAGAUACCCAUCAAUUGAUCUGUUUGUCCAUGUCGUUGUGGAAUGAACAAGAUGAUAUCUUAAAAGAAAAGGCAUUUGGGGUUACCAAUUCGCAGGGAAACCACGGUGAAGAUGUUAAGGACUUGUAUUACUAUCUUGAUAAUACCCCUUCGCAUUCGUAUAUGAAAUACUUGUACAAGUAUCCUCAAAGCAAGUUUCCGUAUGAACAUUUGAUUGAAGAGAAUGGCAAGAGAUCAAGGGAAGAACAUGAAUACGAAAUCACCGAUACGGGUAUUUUUGACGAUAACAAGUACUUUGAUGUGGUUUUUGAAAUGGGUAAGAGUGAUGAUGAUCCAGAAGAAUUAUUGUUCCGUAUUACUGCCUACAACAGAAGUGACCAGGCUGCUCCAUUGCAUAUUAUGCCCCAUGUUUUAUUGAGAAAUACGUGGUCUUGGGGUACUGAAGAAUCUAAAAAGCUAAAACCAAAUUUAAAUGCUAAAGGAGACUGCACCAUUGAAGUUGACCAUGCUAAAUUCGGUAAACGUAAUUUGGUAUUUGCACCUGCCCCAGGUAUAACGGAUAGUUCUCCUGAUGUCGAACCAGUUUUGUUGUUCACGGAGAAUGAAACCAAUACCAAACGUUUGUAUGAUCAAGAGAACAAAGUUAAAUAUGUUAAAGAUGCUUUCCAUGAUUUAAUUAUUCACGAUGAAAAGGAAGCUGUUAACCCUGAAAGAACUGGUACUAAAGCUUGUGCCUGGUUUUCGUUUAACGAGAAUGGAGGUGUCCCUGCGGGAGAUUAUGUUACUAUCCGUUAUAAGCUAUCUAAACAAGGUGGUGAGAUUGAUGAAUUAGAAUUCGACCAGACUCUUGCAAGACGUCAAGAUGAAGCUGACGCUUUCUAUUGGAAGGUAUCUCCAUUGCCAAUGAGUGAUGACUUGAGACAAGUACAAAGACAAGCAUUUGCUGGUUUAUUAUGGACCAAACAAUUUUAUUACUUUGUUCACAACUACUGGUCAAGAGGUGACCCUAAUACACCUAAACCACCUACCAACAGGGCCAAUGGAAGAAAUAAGGACUGGAAGCAUUUAUUUAUUGACGACAUUUUGUCCUUGCCUGACAAGUGGGAAUAUCCAUUCUUUGCUGCUUGGGAUACUGCUUUCCACUGUGUUCCUUUGGCAAUGAUUGAUCCAGAAUUUGCCAAGAAGCAACUUGAUUUAUUAACCAGAGAAUGGUAUAUGCAUCCAAAUGGUCAAGUUCCUGCUUACGAGUGGAACUUCUCUGAUGUUAAUCCUCCAGUACAUGCAUGGUCCACUUAUAGGAUUUUCAAAAUUGAGAAAAAGAUGUAUGGUACUGAAGAUUUGGACUUUUUAGAAGCUGUUUUCCAAAAGUUGUUACUUAAUUUCACUUGGUGGGUGAACAGGAAAGAUUCUGACGGAAAUAAUGUUUUUGCUGGUGGGUUCUUAGGUUUGGAUAAUAUUGGUAUUUUCAAUAGAUCUGAACCUUUGCCAACGGGUGGUAAUUUAGAGCAAGCUGAUUCAACUGGUUGGAUGGCGUUUUUUUCGUUGCAAAUGUUGAAUAUUGCUUUAGAAUUGGCUAAGACGAGACCUGUUUAUGAAAAUAUUGCCUCAAAGUUUUUUGAACAUUUCUUAUUAAUUGCCGACGCUAUGACUUAUAGAGGAGCUGCAAAAGGUGAAUCAGAAGCCACUGAAAGAUCUUUAUGGGAUGAUAAUGAUAAAUUUUAUUAUGAUGCUAUUAGUUAUGGUAACCACUCUCAAUCAUUACCUGUAAGAUCUUUGGUUGGUUUAAUUCCGUUAUAUGCCUCUUUAACAUUAGAACCAGAACUAUUGGACAAAUUCCCAUCAUUCAGAAAGAGAUUAGACUGGUUUAUUGAAAAUAGAAAGUCCGUUGCUGAAAGAAACAUUGCAUCCAUGGAAUAUCGUGGUGUAGGUGAAAGGUUGUUAUUAUCUUUAGUGGAUAAGGAUAGGUUAGUUUCUAUUUUAGAAAGAAUGUUAGAUGAAGAUGAAUUUUUGUCGCCAUAUGGUAUUAGAUCGUUAUCGAAAUAUCACGAAAAGAAUCCAUUUGAAAUGGAUGUUAAUGGUGAAAAGUAUGUGGUCAAGUAUUUGCUGGGUGAAUCCGAUUCAGGUAUGUUUGGAGGUAAUUCAAAUUGGAGAGGACCAAUUUGGUUCCCUGUUAAUUUCUUACUUGUUGAAGCAUUGCAGAGAUUCUAUUUAUAUUAUGGUACUGAUUUAAAGGUUGAAUGUCCAAAGGGAUCUGGUGAAUAUUUGAAUUUGGCUCAAUGCGCCCAAGAAAUUCAACAUCGUUUGAUGCAUUUGUUUGUUCCUGACGAGACAGACAGUAAAGCCUGUAAUGGUGGCAAUGAAUUGUUGAACAAAGAUCCAUUGUUCAAAGAUUAUUUCCCAUUCUAUGAAUAUUUUGAUGGUGACACUGGUAGAGGAUUAGGUGCUAGUCAUCAAUGUGGAUGGACUGCUUUGGUUGCAAAAUGGAUCCAUGAUAAUGGUUCUUCAUGUAGAUUACCUAAAACUCCAAGAACUCCAAGGACCCCAAGAUCUUCUGUCUUCUUGAAUAACAGCGAGAACACCGAAAAGACUUCUAGCGAAGACUCUUUGAAUAAUAUUGAACAAUAUCGUCCGAAAGCAGGCCCAUUCCCAGGAAAGUUAAUGAGAAGACGUUCGAGUAAAUCAUUGCUUAACAUGACUAUCAAUUCGUUAGAUUUGGAUGACGAAGAGGAAGAAAAUCAGGCUAAGAUGAACAUGAUGAAGAAUAUUCCAUUGACUAGUUCAAAUGUGAAUCAAGAUCAAAUCAAGGAGCAGUUAUCAGAAUUGGGCCCAACAUUAUCAAGAGGAUCAGCCAAUGAAUCGGAAACCAACGAAAACUUCUUGGGCCAGAUCAAGGCUGCAUUCAAGAAGUAUAAGAUGAGCGAUGAUGAGGUUUCUGGUGAUGAAUUCGAGACCAGAAACUAA